ACAAGUUUCAACCGAUACCAAUCAUUACGUUUUACGAUGCUUGGAGUCUCCUUUGGAGUUACGCACAUCGGCCCUCAAAGAAGAUGACAGUACAGGAGCAAAUCAAAUAUCUAUACGAGAGUCAAGAACGCUUGGCACAGAGUAUAAUGAUAAUACAGCCAGAUCCAAAAUUGCGUCCGACAACAAUGAACCACACAUACUCAAAUCCAGUGUCAAAACGGAAAGGCAAAGAUGUGAAAUUAAUAAUGGGUUCGUCGAUUCUUUGUCAGCCAUCAGUGAUAACGGAGGUAGUAAAUACAAGGAUGGAGAAAAUACAGAUAUUAGGUUGGACAAAGAACGUGAAGGAUGUCCUAGCACUGAAACAAUUGGAAAAAUGCAGGUAUCCUUUGGGAAACUGCUCAGAGUCGGUUCCCUGGGAGGCGAUGGUUGGAAAAAGAUUGUCCCCCGGAAAACGUGUCGUCUUGUACACGCGGACUCUCGCUUUACCAGUAAAGGAAAAUCAAUUACCGAAAAUCCUAUAAUCAUGUCUCAAGUGCAAUUAUGUGAAGGAAAAAAUGGAAGAACGUCGCAAUGCAACGAUUCGCUCAUAUUAGUUGAUGCAUUUAAAGAUAAUUCUCGUAUUGCAACCUUGGUUGAUUAUGAAGUUCUUGAUAGUGAUCCUAAAGAACUAAUUUAUCAUAUAAGAUGUGUUGCUGAUUUUGGCUUUGAUCAUAUAAUUAUUAUCGGGGAGACCGAUUAUGGAAUGAUCUUUUUAGACUGUUAUGGUCGUGUUUUUUUGUGGGAAAAUGAGAGUCAAAUGUUAUGGCCACUUGGUAAUUCUCCUGAAGAAGCAUCGAAACGCUUAGUUAAAGGGGUAGAUCAGUUGAGAUGGUUUGAAGAGAAUGGAACUGUAUAUGAGUAUAUUACGAAAUGGGAAGAUUAUUAUUAG